CUGGCUCCCUGGCACUAGUCAGUGUUAGCCUGGGCCCCUCAGCUCUGACGUUACUGGAGAAAAUGCUGAUGGAUUUGGGGUGCGUCUCUAACCACAGUGUAGGAUGGUCAGGGUGGAGUUACCGCUGGAAAUGUGACCUGCCUCCUGUCCUACCCUGCCGGCACCGAGCCCUCUUCUCGCCUGUUCUCCCUGCAUUGUUUCCACGUACCCUAACGCCGGGAUCACACCCUCUUCCCUUGCAGAGAUGGGCGACAUGGAGUCCUACAAGGUGAUGCUGAAUGGGCCGGCACCCUGGGGCUUCAGGCUGCAGGGAGGGAAGGAUUUCAGCAUGCCGCUCUCCAUCUCCAGGCUGACUCUGGGUGGGAAGGCGGCCCAGGCCGGCGUGGGAGUGGGUGACUGGGUGCUGUACAUCGACGGAGAGAGCACCAGUGCCAUGACACACAUCGAGGCCCAGAACAGGAUCCGUGCCUGCGGGGACAGGCUCUGCCUCACCUUGAGCAGAGCCCAGAACCAGCUGGGGAAGCCGCAGAAGGUGCUGAGCCUUGACAAGCAGCGCCCACAGCUGCUGGAGUCCCCCAGCACCCCUGUGUGUGACCCUGUGAAGCUGCGGAUGUUAGAGGACAUUGACGACUCAAAGCCCCACACCAGAGCCUCCCAGUCCCGCUCCUUCCGCAAACUGUCCCGGCUGGUGGGCGCCAACAGCAUGGAGGAUGGUGAGGACGAGCUUGUUAAAAAGCCCAGGGAUGCCCAUGGGUCCAGCUGGGGCACAGUGGAGCAGUGGCAGCCCCCACAGGCUCUGGAGCCCCCCAAUACCCCUGGGUGUGAUCCUGGCAAGUUGAGGAUGUUAGAGGAUGCUGAGGACUGGCAGCCCCGCACCGGGACCUCCCAGUCCCGCUCCUUCCGCAAACUGGCCCAGCUGACGGGCACAGAUGGCAUGGAGGAUGGUGAGGAUGAAUUUAUUAAAAAGCCCAGGCAGCCCCCGCAGCUGCUGGAGCCGCCCGGUGACACUGUGUGUGACCCUGUGAAGCUGCGGAUGUUAGAGGACAUUGACGACUGGCAGCCCCGCACCGGGACCUCCCAGUCCCGCUCCUUCCGCAAACUGGCCCAGCUGACGGGCACAGAUGGCAUGGAGGAUGGUGAGGAUGAAUUUAUUAAAAAGCCCAGGGAUGCCCGUGGUGCCAACUGGGGCACGGGGCAGCAUCGGCAGCCCCCGCAGCUGCUGGAGCCGCCCGGUGACACUGUGUGUGACCCUGUGAAGCUGCGGAUGUUAGAGGACAUUGACGACUCAAAGCCCCACACCUGGACCUCCCAGUCCCGCUCCUUCCGCAAACUGGCGCGGCUGGUGGGCGCCAGCAGCAUGGAUGAUGGUGAGGAAGAGCCCGUUAAAAAGCCCAGGGAUUCCCAUGGGUCCAGCUGGGGCACAGUGGAGCAGCGGCAGCCUCUGGAGCCCCCCAGUACCCCUGGGUGUGAUCCUGGCAAGUUGAGGAUGUUAGAGGAUGCUGAGGGCUGGCAGCCCCGCACCGGCACCUCCCAGUCCCGCUCCUUCCGCAAACUGGCCCAGCUGACGGGCACAGAUGGCAUGGAGGAUGGUGAGGAUGAGGUUGUUAAAAAGCCCAGGGAUGCCCAUGGGUCCAGUUGGGGCACAGUGGAGCAGCGACAGCCCCCACAGCCUCUGGAGCCCCCCAGCACCCCCGGGUGCAACCCUGGGAAGCUGCGACUGAUAGAGGACGCUGAGGACUGGCAGCCCCGCACCGGCACCUCCCAGUCCCGCACCUUCCGCAAACUGGCCCAGCUGAUGGGCACAGACAGCAGCAUGGAGGAUCAUGAUGAUGUGUUUGUUAGGAAACCCAGCCAGGUCUCCGUGCCGGACCCGUCCCCAGGAGCAACGAUGAAGACUGAGCCAGGACUGGCCCCCAGGACCCCCAGUGCCACCCCCAGCCCCACCAGCCGCCCGCCCUGGGCCGUGGACCCCUCGUUUGCCGAGCGCUACGCCCCGGACAAGACGAGCACGGUGGUGAGCAAGCACAGCCAGCCUGCCACGCCCACGCCCAUGCAGAACCGCAGCUCCAUCGUGCAGGCAGCCCAGCAAGCCCCCGAGGGGCCCGGCCGCACCCCCCUGUGCUACAAGUGCAACAAGGUCAUCAGGGGACGGUACCUCGUGGCGCUGGGGCAUUAUUACCACCCCGAGGAGUUCACCUGCUGCCAGUGCAGGAAGGUGCUGGAUGAGGGCGGCUUCUUUGAGGAGAAAGGCUCCAUCUUCUGCCCCAAGUGCUACGACACGCGCUACGCACCCAGCUGCGCCAAGUGCAAGAAGAAGAUCACUGGGGAGGUGAUGCAUGCGCUGAAGAUGACCUGGCACGUGCAGUGCUUCACCUGCAACGCCUGCAAAACUCCCAUCCGCAACCGAGCCUUCUACAUGGAAGAAGGACAACCCUACUGCGAGAGAGACUAUGAGAAGAUGUUUGGCACCAAGUGUCGUGGCUGUGACUUCAAGAUUGAUGCUGGGGACCGGUUCCUGGAGGCGCUGGGGUUCAGCUGGCACGACACUUGCUUUGUCUGUGCGAUCUGCCAGACCAAUCUGGAAGGGAAGACAUUCUACUCCAAGAAGGACAAGCCACUGUGCAAGAGCCACGCUUUCUCCCAUGUGUGAGGGGUGGGAAUUCAGUUGUGCCCACACAUGCCCCUGCCCUGCAUGCUCCUCUCCCCCUGCCCUGCUCGCCCCUGGGAGCCAGGCUGGGCCCUUGGCCCUUCCUUUGCUCCUGCCUCUUUCCUGGCAGCUCCUGGCUCAACUCCAGACAGAUAGAGUGCUGGGUCCAGAGCACCUUAUAGCUGAGUGGCUUCUUAUGUGCUUCUCAACUGGCCCUAGGAGCCCUGGGAAGGGGAUGCUGCAUGGAUCUCCUGCCCCUGAGCCACGCAGCAUGGUGAGCACACAACCAUGCUGAGGCUGAAAUUGGAGGGGGUUUGCCACAGCUGGGCUGCUCCUUUGCUGCCUGGCAGCUCAGUGCUGGGGCAGGGAUACCCCUUACACAUCCCUGCGUGGGUGAGGACCAGCUCCUGUCUCACUUCCCCCACCUUCCCUGCUGUGUGCUUGGGGCUGGAGACCUGGCCCUGCUCCCCUUCUGGGGCCCUGCCCAUGAGAAUCCACCAGCCACCCCUCAAACUGCUGUGGUGGCUUCCUGCCCCAGUUGCAUUCCAGGGGUGUCUGUGCCUCGUGCCCCCCACCCUGCUGCUCCCCAGGGGCUGGCAGCGCCCCCAGCCCAGCGUGGCCCAGCUGUUGGGCUGGCAGCGUGUGCUGAUGGCCAGCCCAGCACAGACAGCUGCUCCUGCAAGGCUUGGGCACAGCUUCCUACCAAAGAGCUCUCUGCCACUGCCAUCCUGGGGCCAUCGAUGCCUCCCCCAACCCACACCCUCCGGGUCAGGCUGCGCUGAUGUAGCCACGGUGCUUUUAGUGCCUUUAAUAAACACAUCUCUGCAAGUGC